CUUCAAGCAUGCGCGCUACCACCAUGACCGCCCUUUUGGGCGCCGUCUCCCUCAGCUUCGCCACUCUGGCACUUGCCACCAGUGGUCAGUCCAAGCCUCAGCGUGACACGUCCGUUCCAGCGUGCGACCAGCCCGAUGGGUCGUUGACCACGCGCAAGAACUUUGGCAAGGGUGUUGCCUGGUCGCCCGAGGGUAUCAUCCCCAUUGAGCAGAGUGACGAUCCCGUCUUUUAUCUCAGUCCCGGCGAGAGUGCAUGUGGCGGUCGCAAGUACAAAGACUCGGACGCCGGUGUCUGUCUCUCUGCUGGCUGGGUCAACUCGGCCUACCACAACUCCUGCGAUCGCUGGGUCGAAGUCCAAUUGCCUGCUCUGGGCACCAAGGUUGCCGCGCGCGUGCUUGAUAGCUGUGGCGGCGACGACCCUGCAAAGAGUACCUUCAACUGUAAUGACGUGUACCUCACCUUAUCGUCGUGGAGCGCUUUGGCUGAAGGCAACAAGACCAUCAUCGAUGCCGGACGACUCCCUGGCCCGGUCAACUGGCGCUUCAUUAAGGAGCCUUGCUUCGGCUGCGAGGAAGGCCUGCCCGGCAUCAAGCCCUUCGGAGGCCAAGACACCUGCAUGGGGCCCGACGACUGGGGAGUCAUGCGCAACGGCCGCAGGAGGGGAGCUGAGCGCAAGUUCGGUGCUGACGCUGGGAACGCUUGCAGCGGUCUCGCAGGCGGCGGCCACGGAUACAACGUCGACCUUUUCAAAGCGUCCGCCAUCAAGCACGGCUACAAGCUCAACCUUGGCCACACGCACACCCACUCUGCUACGCCCCCUCGCGACGAGACUCAGCAGCACAAGGCUGGAUUCACCGUCAUUGAGCGUACCGAGGGUGGCAAGAUAGUCAAGGGAAAGAAGAAACGCUUCGAGCUCCUCGAGGAGGCUCAUAACUUCAGGGCGAAGCUGAUGCGCAAUGAGGCUGCUCAGGAGGGAUACGAGAAGUGAGAUUGCCGCAUACUAUUCACCUACGGCCCACUUUGAGUCAUAGCCACAGACAUCUUCUAAUGUCGCCUCCUUGAUUCUUUAUUUUAUUGUCUCGACCCUGCUCCGCCCAAUCCGCCGCCAUACUACUUCUCCUACGCUGCCACCAGGUGUGCUACGCUUAUUUUGUCGUCUUCACUAAUGCUACCAUUACUACUCAAGUCGAUGUGC